AUGGAGGUCACUACCCAACUGAUUCAGCGAUCAACUUACCAGAAGACGUACUUCUUCUUCAAGACGGUACAGUGCUCACAGGUGCCAGAUGUCAACAAAGAGAUAGACUCUUUGAUAAAAGGUAAUACUACAAACGAACACUUAACCAGGGGACUGGGAAUAACUUUGGAUCCUCAUCUACAGCCCAGGGGCCCGUUUCUAGAAAAUGCUGAUAACUUUUUGGGCCCGUUUUAUUUUUUCUGUGUUUGCAUUCACGAUCCGACAGUUUCAAUAAUUUUGAAAAAGGCGAUACAAUGAAAGUAUUAGUUAACGAAGCAAAAUUGACCGGUUUGUUUGUGAGCUAGGAAGUGUGCUACUGUUCAACAGGUUUUGAUCACAAAAUGUGUCCUCGGACCCGAAAAGUUACCGGGCCUUUCGAGAAACGGGCCCCUGGGCUGAGCUGUUCGAACGAAGAUCAGUUAGUCAAACCAUAUGAUGUAUCCCGGCCUUGUUCAGUAAUGGUAAUAACUUUCUUUUUCCCAGUUAGGAGCCGCGUACAUUUGCUUGCCCUUUCCUCUGUCCCCAUGCAAAGGGCAUCUCAGUCGGACGGGGUAAGGCACUGGAUGUUAGUGCGGCACAUUUUUGGACAAAAGCGACUUGAUGCAUUUUCAUAUAUUUCAUCGGUCAUUUGUAGAACGGUGGUCGUGACAUAAUUAAAGAAAAGGCGACUACUUUUACAUUUUACAUUGUAGCUGAGGACCUUUAGCAAUAAAGGCAUUUAGGCAUAAUCCGAAGAUACAUACCGCGCUUACAAUCUAUCUGCUAAGACAGUCAGCGAAUAGCAAAGUUACAGGCUUUAAAAAGAAAAUGACAUAAAAUUAAGAAAAUAGCUGGAAAUAAACCAUUGUCAAUCGCUUUCCCUUCUUACUCUUCCACUCAGGAGUUUUUGGACAGCAAAUCAUUGGCAAAGUUAAAAAUGAGAUUACAGUCCGAAACCUGGGCAACCUGAGAGAUUGUAAGACAGGACUGGAGGUGCAUUUGAAGGAAGUUCAGGGUCGCCGUUCAUCCAGAAAUGUCCGCACCGCACGUCGCCAUUGGUGGUGUUCGAAAACCAAGGUUAGCAUCAACAACUAG